AUGGCGCAGAAAGGAGUUCAGCUGGACCGGGAAACCUUCUCUUGUUCCAUCUGUCUGGAUCUACUGAAGGAUCCGGUGACUACUCCCUGUGGACACAGCUACUGCAUGAACUGUAUUAAAAGCCACUGGGAUGAAGAGGAUCGUAAGUACAGCUACAGUUGUCCUCAGUGCAGACAGAGCUUCACACCGAGGCCUGUCCUGCUGAAAAACACCAUGUUAGCAGAUUUAGUGGAGGAGCUGAAGAAGACUGGACUCCAAGCUGCUCCUGCUGAUCACUGCUAUGCUGGAGCUGAAGAUGUGGCCUGUGAUGUCUGCACUGGGAGAAAACUCAAAGCACACAAGUCCUGUCUGAUCUGUCUGGCUUCUUUCUGAGAAUCACCUUCAGCCUCAUUUUGAAUCAGCUCCAUACAAGAAACACAAGCUGGUGGAGCCGUCCAAGAAGCUCCAGGAGAACGUCUGCUCUCGUCAUG